CCCUGCACGUCCUGCACCGGUGUGGGCUUGCUGGCUGGGUUCUCAUCUGCACUCAUCUCGGCGCCGCGGCUCCCGCAGACUGAGCGAGAGAGGACACCAUGGACCCUCAGGGGCCAGCUCCCCAGCCUUUACAGCAGCCUGAGAAACCUCGUCGUGUCCGCCGUCGGAAGACAAGGCGGGAGCGUAAUGAGGCCCUGGUGGGCAGCCGCCGACCAAUGGCCCAUCAGGAUCCUCUAGUGGCCAGCCGGGAGGCAGCUGUGACCCAUCGGAAGCCACCCGUGGCUCUCCGGAAUCCUAUGGCCCCUGCUGCUCCCAAGCUCGUGGUCAUAACCCAAGGCCGGCUGAGCCGGGAGCACUGGGGUCUCUUCAACCACGAGGUUAAAUCACUGAACGUGGCACGACUGCUUAGCAGUAGGGUCUUGGAGCCAGAUACCCCCUCACUUCCUACCAGGCCCUCCCCAAGCCUGGGCAGUGCCCAGGCACUAGCCCCGCAGUCAAGGGGCAAGGAGAACCAGUUGCCUGGAGGCUCGGGCCCAGGCCCGCCCAGUGCCCCAGAGCUCCCCGGCGUGGGUCAGCUGCUGCAGGAGCUGCAGUGCCAGCUGAUUCUGCCACAGACCUUCUCCAGGAGGAACCUGGUGCAAGAGGCCAGGGACACCAUCGUGGGCACCUUACAAGCCUGCCAUGGUUGUGUGCCCGACCUUGCCCUGGUGCUUCGUGCUUGCCAGCCACCCUUGCCAGGAACCAAGCCCAGGGACCCUGAGAGACGAAGGAUGACACCCUCCUGGAUCAACAGCCCUGAGCAGGCCCCAGUAGAGGGGCGGCAAAGGAGGCGACGGGGGGCAAAGGAGCUCACCUUCACCAUGGCUCACACCUCCAGCACUCCCACUGCACACAGGGCAAGCCUGACACCACCAAGGGCCCCCUGGCCACCCCCCUUGCCCUCAUUACCUUCACCUUCCGGGGCAGCCUGGGGUCCCCCAACAGCCUUUGACCUGCUGAAAAGCAUCUGGCUGGUAGCUACGCCGCCCACUCCCCGGCCCUGGGGGAUUGGCCCUCUGCAGCCCCUGCCUCGGCCACCAUCUCCUUUGUUGCCCAGAACCUCAGCCCUAGACUGGAGCCCCAGCCCCCCUGCCUCACUGCCCAGCCUCUCCUGGGUGGUAGCCCAAAGCAGUCCCGAGGCCUGGUCCUUUCCACCCAUGAGACUGUACUGAGAGGAUUGAGGCUAAGGGCUAGGGGCAGCAAUCCCAAACUCCCAAUCAUCUCAAUAAAGUACCUUUUUCAUGGCCUUCUUGAUUUUCAGUGAGUGGCUGGCAGGGAACAAGAGAAGCAGCUUUCCCCAGCUCUUGAGUUCUGGGUUCAAAAGGGAAGGGAAGGUGCUGUCACUUGGAACUUUGCUAGUGCCCAUGGGGCUAUGGGAGUGAGGUGGGGAAGGACCUAGGGCUUCAGUCAGUUUGACACACACAUAUGCAUUUAGGCCACCUAUGUACCAGUCUCUGAACUCUGGCGAUGCUGGGGCCCCAGAAUGAGUCAGACCUAGGCCCUGCCCUCAUGAGAUUCUGAGUCCAGUGAUGAGCACAGAAACCCUGGUGAUUGUACCUGGAAGAGAGAGAGGUGCAGGGCCUGGGGCACCCUGAGGAAGGGAGUGAUGACCCUGCCCCAGGGAUGGGUGAGGUCGUCGCAGGAGCUGACACAGAUGAUGUGUUUUUGAUGAUUUGUAGGAGCUUUUUUUGCUAGUAGAAUAGGAAAAGAACAUUUCGGGCAAGGGGAACAGUAUAUGUAACCAAACCAAACCCAGUGCCGUCGAGUCGAUUCUGACUCAUAGCAACUCUAUAGGACAGAGUAGAGCUGCCCCAUACAGUUUCCAAGGAGCACCUGGCAGAUUUGAACUGCUGGCCCUUUGGUUAGCAGCCGUAGCACUUAACCACUACACCACCAGGGUUUCCAGAAUAUGUAAAAAGGCCUAAAAACCAAAGUCCGCUGGUGUCGAGUCAAUUCCAACACAUAGCAAUCCUAUAGGAGAGAGGAGAACUGCCCCGUAGGCUUUCCAAGGAGCAGAUGGUGGAUUCAAAUUGCCCGCCUUUCAGUUAGCAGCUGAGCUCUUAACCUCCACCACCAGGGCUCCCUGUAAGGCCUGGAGGACAGCAAAUAGUACAUGUGGGACCCUUCUGGCUCUUCCCAUAAAUCUAGGCUAUGCUAGGACUUAGAGUGAGUCACAUCUGAGCCCUGCCCUUCUGAGGGGCUCAUGGUCUGGUGGGGCAUCGGGAACAGAGUGUGCAGGAUCUGGGCAGGAAUGGAAAAGGAGAAAAACCCACAGACUGAAUCUGGCCCACAGAUUUCUUUGGGCCACAGUAUAUUUUAAAACGAAAUGGAACCCAUAAACAUCGAUGUCCUAGGCAUUAGUGAGCUGAAAUGGACUGGUAUUGGCCAUUUUGAAUCGGACAAUCAUAUAGUCUACUAUGCUGGGAAUAACAACUCAAAUAGGAAUGGUGUUGCAUCAUCGUCAAAAAGAAAGUUUCAAGAUCUAUCCUGAAGUACAACGCUGUCAGUGAUAGGAUAGUAUCCAUAUGCCUACAAGGAAGAUCAGUUAAUACGACUAUUAUUCAAAUUUACACACCAACCACUAGGGCCAAAGAUGAAUAAACAGAAGAUUUUUAUCAGCUGCUGGAGUCUGAAAUUGAUCGAACAUGCAAUCAAGGUGCAUUGAUAAUUACUGGCGAUUGGAACGCGAAAGUUGGAAACAAAGAAGAAGGAUCAGUAGUUAGAAAAUAUGGCCUUGGUGAUAAAAACAAUGCUGGAGAUCGAAUGAUAGAAUUUUGUGAGACCAACGACUUCAUUACAAAAACCUUAUUUCACCAACAUAAAUGGUGACUAUACACAUGGACCUCGCCAGAUGGAACACACAGAAAUCAAACUGACUACAUCUGUGGAAAGAGACGAUGGAAAAGCUCAAUAUCAUCAUUCACAACAAGGCCAGGGGCUGACUGUGGAACAGACCAUCAAUUGCUCAUUUGCAAGUUCAAGCUGAAACUGAAGAAAACCAGAGCAAGUGCACGAGAGCCAAAAUAUGACCUUGAGUAUAUCCCACCUGAAUUUUAAUAGAUUUGAUGCAUUGAACACCAGUGACCGAAGACCAGACGAGUUGUGGAAUGACAUCAAGGACAUCAUCCAUGAAGAAAGCAAGAGGUCACUGAAAAGAAAGAAAAGACCAAGAUGGAUGUCAGAGGAGACUCUAAAACUUGCUCUCGAACGUUGAGCAACUAAAGCAAAAGGAAGAAUUGAUGAAGUAAAAGAAUUGAAAAGAAGAUUUCAAAUGGCUCUCGAGAAGACAAAGUAAAGUAUUAUAAUGACAUGUGCAAAGAGCUGGAGAUGGAAAACCAAAAGGGAAGAACAUGCUUGGCGUUUCUCAAGCUGAAAGAACUGAAGAAAAAAUUCAAGCCUCGAGUUACAAUAGUGAAAGAUUCUAUGGGGAAAAUAUUAAACGACGCAGGAAGCAUCAAAAGAAGAUGGAAGGAAUACACAGAGUCAUCAUACCAAAAAGAAUUAGUCGAUGUUCAACCAUUUCAAGAGGUGGCAUAUGAUCAGGAACCAAUGGUAAUGAAGGAAGAAGUCCAAGCUGCUCUGAAGGCAUUGGCAAAAAACAAGGCUCCAGGAAUUGAUGGAAUAUCAAUUGAGAUGUUUCAACAAACAGAUGCAGCGCUGGAGGUGCUCACUCGUCUAUGCCAAGAAACAUGGAAGACAGCUUCCUGGCCAACUGACUGGAAGAGAUCCAUAUUUAUGCCUAUUCCCAAGAAAGGUGAUCCAACUGAAUGUGGAAAUUAUAGAACAAUAUAAUUAAUAUCACACGCAAACAAAAUUUUGCUGAAGAUCAUUCAAAAAUGGCUGCAGCAGUAUAUUGACAAGGAACUGCCAGAAAUUCAGGCUGGCUUCAGAAGAGGACGUGGA